CAAGCAUGCGGGGCGGGGCGGCGUCUCGCUGACGUCGAGCUUCAACACCACGCAGACAUCGUGACCCUCGUCACUAAGCAAUUUGCACCGUCGGCUAUCCACGCGCCAUUGUUCCCAGAACCGCCCAAUAUGUCACCGCCCGCCAUCAUUGCUCCUUCCAUUCUGUCGGCCGACUUUGGAGCGCUGGGCAAGGCCUGCUCUGACACUAUCGACCAGGGCGCAGACUGGCUGCAUGUCGACAUCAUGGACGGCCAUUUUGUGCCCAACAUGACAUUUGGCCCGCCCGUUGUCACCAAGAUCCGCUCCCACGUCGACCGCCCCAGCAACGCAUGUGGGAAAGGCACUUUUGACUGCCACAUGAUGAUUGCCGAGCCGCAGAAGUGGGUGCGAGAGUUCAAGCAGGCCGGUUGUGAUCUGUACUGCUUCCACUACGAGGCUGCCGUUUCCUCGACUGCUGCCGACUCCCCUGCUGCGACUUCAGACAAGAAGACGUCGCCCAAAGAACUGAUCAGAUUUAUACACGCCGAGGGAAUGCAAGCUGGCAUUGCAAUCAAGCCCAGCACUCCAGUGGACGUGCUGUGGGAGAUACUCGAUAACCCCGUCAAAGAGGAGGUACCCGAUAUGGUCCUGGUCAUGACUGUCGAGCCUGGUUUUGGUGGCCAGUCCUUCAUGGCGUCUGAACUCCCCAAGGUCUCAGCGCUUCGACAGAAGUACCCAGAGAUGCACAUCGAAGUCGAUGGCGGCUUGUCAGAAAAGACUAUCGACCAGGCUGCCGACGCGGGCGCUAACGUCAUUGUUGCUGGUAGCGCUGUCUUUGGAGCAGCCGACCCAGGGGAAGUAAUCAAGAAGCUGCGAGAUGCAGUCGAGGGGAGGAGAGGGAAACUCUGAAAGCUUUAGCAGGUGAGUCCCAGUCGAAAGCAUCAUGGUGUUUGGGGCAUGUACAUGGGCAGCGUCCAUAAGCUAUGACGACUUACGUGUAGAUGAAAUAGACGGUAAACAAAAAAUACAAAAAUCAACAGCGCGACAAUCUACGCUGCUCA